AUGGAGCCAGAGUACUACGAGCUCGAUCCGGACGGCGAUGUCCUGCUUGUGCUGCGAACCGAAGAGCCAAAAGCUGAAGACGCUACAGCUGCCAAACCCACGGGCGACGGUGAGGGUGACGGUAAAAGCGACGGCGACGAUGAGAGCAAGGCUGAGGCACCAAAAGACGAAACUCCGAAAGUUGAAGCGCCGCAAGAAGUCGCAGAGUCAAUAUAUAAAACAACCCGCUUUCGGCUCUCUUCAAAACAUCUCUCCCUCGCCUCGCUGUACUUUAAACGAAUGUUCACAGGCGGAUGGAAGGAAGGCCAAUCUCUCGGCAACGGCCAGCCUCUGGAAAUCAGCGAGGAAGGUUGGAAACCUGAAUCCUUCCUGAUUUUGAUGCGUAUCAUCCACGGUCGGACGAAAGAAGUUCCGCGCAAAGCUCCCCUUGAGACAAUAGCCGAGAUGGCAUCUCUUGUUGACUACUUCGAGUGCGGCGAAGUGAUGGGGAUUUUUGUCGAGUUUUGGAUCGCGCAGCUAGGCACGCUCCCAGCACAGUUUUCAAGAGACACAGUACUCUGUAUCUGGAUCAACUAUGUUUUUCGCCGGCCGAAAUUCCAGAAUUGGACAAGGCUAGCCAUACGGAAAAGUAGUGGACCUAUUACUGCCUUGGAGUUUCCUCUUCCUGAUAUUGUAAUAAAUCAGAUGAAUGAGCAGAGAGAAGAGGCAAUCGAGCGAAUCGUGGAAUACCUUUAUGGACUUUUUGAUGACUUCCAAUCAAAGAAUCGAUGCUCUCUCGCGUGCUCCUGCAUGAUGCUAGGCGCCUUGACCAAACAUAUGUGCGGCCUGAAACUGUUCCCGCGACCAAGUAGACCUUUUGCCGGGCUACAACUGGCCGCUUUGACCGAUAGCCUUGAUGAUAUCACGACUCCGGAUUGGACCACAAGGGGCUCCUACAGCAGCAAUCAUCCUUGCAAAUUGGCGCACGUGAUAAGACCAACUCUUGAGAGCUUGGAAGAUAGCAUUAUCGGUUUGAAAUUGGAGGAGUUCCCUGGUCCCGGCUCCGCUGCGAAGAUGGAGAACGGAACUAAGCAAGCUGCGAGCUAA